AUGUUUUACACGUACGCAGAGAAGCAGGGGAACGUCUUCUUUGACAGCUGGCAGAUGCGGGAAAUCGCGUUUGACACGCUGCGCCGCCACUUAUAUUAUUCCGACUGCGUCAGCCCGGAAAAGAUUGCCUACCCGAACGCCAACGAUAACCCGUUCCCCACUGUUGGUGCUUCGGAUGACUCCUUGGAGAACAGAGACGAUACUGACUCUAGUCUAGGCACCACGGGCAAUAACCCCGCCGUUUCCCAGCUGAUCAUGCGCCCACCGGUGUCCCCACUAAACCAGCGGGUUCACUUCAACGUGGCACCGCCGCCGCCAAACGAUCCGGAGGAAGUGCAGUGGCGCAAGAAGAUUAAGGUGGACAUGGUGGUGGCAGUCGGCAAGGAGCAUGUGUUUCUGCUGGAAGACACACACCUCAAGGAAACCGACCUGUUCCAGGUCGAAAUUCACGGAGAGGUACGGCCAAGGGCACCUGGUGAGAUACCAUCGCCAGGUCCGCUGCUGUGCCCGUCCACCGGGCUGUCCGGGCUGCCAGAUCGGUGCACCGUGGAGAACGACGAGUUUAUUCGUGAUCCGUUCUUCUUACGCGAACUCUAUGAGGCGCUACGGUACCAGUUUUCGAAUCUGCGGAUGGAGAGAGAGCGUGCAGAGCUGGCCAGUGGCCUGCCUGUGAUGGCGCCGAAUGCGCGAAAGACGCAGACGCUGGAAUCGCCGCGGCCAAAGAAUGGCGGCGUGUUCCACGGCAGCCGCAUCAAGAUAAUCCUGCGCAUGCGCACCGACUACGAGUUCCGCCGAUUCGUGUAUGUGGUGCAGACUGUGCUCGGGUACGACAAGCUCAUUGUCCGACCGUACCGCGGUCUUCCCCCGUACGACCCGCGGAACGGUCUCAUCUUUUCGGUCAUCCCGAUGUGCGUCUGGCACACCUUCAAGUCACUCGACAAGGCCGUCUUCUACAGCUUCCUGCGUGGUGACUUGGUUGGCCGCAACUCCAGCAAUCAGCUUUAUGUGGCGCUGCGCGGUGCCUAUCUCUGUAUCACGCACGACAGCGUUCUUGUGAUGCGCGACACCGGCGGCAUUCCACGGUGGAUUAAGCUGCAGGAAGUGCGUGCGUUUUACUACAACGUGACGAGCAGUCGCCCCUUUGUUGCCUUCCUCUCUGAUCCUGGCGCCCCCGAUAUCAUAUUUCUACCGCAGCCGCCCAUCUUUGGCCCCGAGGCGGUGCGCCGCUUCAGCCCGUCGCUGGAGGUACUGCGGCUGCGCCACGUCAUUCACGAGACGUGCUUUGCCUCGCUCGAGAUUAGGCGAGUGAUCAAUAUUGAGAUCGCCGAGGUGUCGGUGCGCAGCUUCGUGGAGUGCUACGAACGGGAGACACGGCGCAGCCUCGACUUAGACCCUGCGCGAUGCUACCCUGGGGUGCUAAGCUGUCCGCUGCCGAAGGAGCAGCUUGCGCAGGUGUGGCGGGAAGUGCAGAGCUUCUACGCCACGCGCGAUCCGACCGUUGCUAGUUGUGCAGCCAUUCCACUCUAUCAAAACAACACGAACGACACCGCGCUCACGCCCGACCAGCUUGAGGCCUUGUCCAGGCGCCUCGCUCGCGAGAGGGCGAGCAGGGACGACAUCGUUGGACUAUCGUACGAGGAGGCGUACCGCAUCCAGGCACCAACGCGACGGGAUGGUCGCCUGCACAGCCGUCACCACCUGACGCCAUUGCACCCAGAUGUGGAAGCUACCACGCAGUCCACCGGUGAUGUCCCGGAGGCUCAAUCGGACCCUCACUCCAACGCGGCUUCUGCCGGUGUCGGCCGUGACAGGGCUAUGGCAACGACAUCAAACCACCUACACCGCACUUCCAUGGCGACCGUAGAGGACCUGGAGCACGCCAACCUCCAACGCAGUACAGGACAUGAAGCGGACGCCGAUAUAAGAGGAGGAAGUCCUCCGCGCGACAGUUCUGGAACAUCCACCGUGAUGUCCCCCACGUGGGUAGCGGUGCCUAGUGCGGCACCUCUCACCACAUCGCAUUCGACUGCAGCAGUCUCCACCGACGGCAAUACACGUCUUCCCUCUGAUGUGGCUGUGUCCACCCUAUCAGGCAAUGUACCGUCGUCGAGCGGUAGAGGCGGCACGCUCACUCACUCGAACGCGGGCUGUGCUCAACUACCGAACCACCGCUUGGAGACACCGCAGCUGAGUUCCAGCUUCAGGGGAGGCGCCGCUGGCCUCGGCGCGUCGCUGCCCAUGGGUAUGUCACCGGGGUUGGUAAGCGGCAGCUUCACGAGCAGCCAAUUUGGCGGCAACAGUGUGCAGUACCAGAUGCCAGGAGCACGGUACCUGAACGCGGACGAGAUAGUGGGUGCCGGCUCCUGUGUUGCAGUGGAUCACCAUACCAUCUUGAUGAGCGAGACUCCGGUGAGCACCGACGGAGCUGUCAAUGCCCUCUUAGCCAAUACAGAGCCAAACGUGUCGGAUAUUGUAAAUAAGAGCAUCUCGGCAAUGCAGGCGGCGUCCCCAUCGACAAAAAAGCGACCGAGUUCUGCCGGACGGGCGGUGCAGACACCGAGGGGGGGUGAAGGGAAGGCGACUCCUGCGCCCCUCUCUCCCCUAACGACACGGCGGGGGAGGUCCACUUCACGGAGCAUCCCUCAUAACAACUCCUCCAUCGAAACAUAA